GUGAAGGCGUCGCUUUUCCUUUUCGCUCUUGAAUGCAGCUGAAGUCAUAUAUUUGAGACGAGGGUGUUCGCAGUAUUUACCUUGGCAACCUACAUAGUGCACUGUGUACCGUGCAGAAGGGAUUAGAUAAGAGAGGGAGGACAAGACAAGACUAGUGUACCUGCACCCACCUGAACACAACAACUACAAAAUCAACAUGGCAAACAGAGGCCAGGCUUAUGGUUUCAGCCGGGAGGUGCAGAGCAAGAUUGAUAAGAAAUACGACCCGGAGUUGGAGGAAAGGCUGGUGAUGUGGAUAAUUGCCCAGUGUGGACCCAAAGUGGGGAACCCUGAGGCAGGGAGAGUCGGCUUCCAGGAAUGGCUAAAGAACGGAUCUGUGCUGUGUGAGCUCAUCAACAGCUUGAGUGGCGCCAACAUGCCAAUCAAGAACAUUAAGACCUCCGGGAUGGCCUUCAUACAAAUGGAGCAAAUCUCCCUCUUCCUAAAAGCAGCGGAAAGCUAUGGCGUCACUAAAACGGACACCUUCCAAACGGUUGACCUCUUUGAAAACAAGGAUUUGGCAGCAGUCCAGAGGACCUUGGCGGCUCUGGGUAACUUGGCUGUCACAAAGAAUGAUGGGAAUUUCAAAGGAGACCCCAGCUGGUUCCAUAAAAAAGCCCAAGAGAACAAGAGAGAUUUUUCCGAGGAGCAACUGAGCGAAGGCAAGAACGUCAUUGGCCUGCAAAUGGGCACAAACAAGAUGGCGUCUCAAGCCGGCAUGACGGGAUACGGGAGACCCAGACAGAUCAUCAACAACAACAACAACAACAACAACUGAGGCUGCCAAGUCUUUUGACUUUCCUUAGCCCAGCAAAGAUGGAGAAACUCUUGACUCAUCUUCAGGCCAUGAGGACAAAAGUGACCCAAACUGGACCAAAACAGGGACCAACAAGACCAUGUGCACAUAUGACAACGCUCCACGUGUAAAUAGGGCUCUUUCAUUGCUAGUCAAUUUACCUGCUAAAAUACAUAUCCUGCAUGUAACAACUUAAAAAACUCACUUGUUUUCUCAUUUAGUUUCAUGAUGAAAUCCCUCCCAUUCACUUUUACCUAACGGUGGGUUCAAGGACAUCUGAGAUUUAUUGUCUUUUGUUUUUUUUAGUUAGAGCAAUGGUACAGCUGCAAACAGUUACAUCAUGGCUUGGAUAAAGCAAUGCAAAAGAGUAAAUUUAACAAUUUGUACGAGACGCUGUAAGCAAACCUAUUGCUGUGUUUUUUUUGCUGACAAUAAUUUACUUGCCUAAGCAAAGUGUUGGGCUCUCUUUUGGUUGAAUACAUUCUGUUUGAAAAUGAGGUCAAAAUAAAGUUAAUUUGAACUAUUAAGAAA